AUGGAAGACAGCUCCGCGGAGAAGUCGCAAGAGAUGGACGCCACGCCCACCCUGACAGGCUCUCGAGGGAAAGCUUCGACCAGAGCUCAAGCUACAAAAUCGGACAAUGGCCCGGCUUCGAAAAGACGUUGUGUCAGUACGGCGUGUAUUGCCUGCCGCAGGAGGAAAUCCAAGUGCGAUGGAAAUCUACCGAGUUGCGCAGCCUGUUCCUCUGUCUAUCAUACAGCCUGCGUCUACGACCCGAAUUCCGACCAUCGCAGGAAAGGUGUUUAUAAGAAGGACACCGACGCGUUGAGAACGAAGAACACUACAUUGUUGACGUUGAUACAAGCCUUAUUGAACUACGAAGAAGAGGAUGCAUUCGACUUGGUUCGCCAGAUUCGGUCCUGCGAUAAUCUCGAAGAUGUCGCACAAUCGAUCCUCGGCCAAGGGAGAGGUUCCACGGCAGGCCCUGAGGACACAGCAGCUAGCGGAGAUGAAGCCCUAACGCAGACUGACCAGUUCGAGUCGGAGUUAGCAGGGAAGAUGAGUGAGCUUGUUUUGGACGGCUCCCGCAAGUUCAUUGGGGGCACCUCGAACCUCAUCUUUCUGCCUCCCGGGUCGGAGCUGAAUGAAUUUAGAUCAUCUUUAGGUGCCCAGGAAUUGGAUCAGGGCCAUGGCGAUUAUUCCGUCACACGGUGGACCCGUGUUACUCAGGAUGAGAGACUGAUCUGUCAUCUCAUGACAAUGUACUUUACCUGGCAUUACCCGUUCUUCACGACCCUUUCGAAGGAUUUAUUUUAUCGGGACUAUAUACGCGGGGUGCCCAGCCAGUAUUGCUCGACUUUGCUCGUCAAUGCAAUGCUAGCUCUGGGUUGUCAUUUCAGCUCCUGGGAAGGCGCUCGGGAGGAUCCAGAGAACUCUGCCACGGCGGGCGAUCAUUUCUUCAAAGAGGCCAAAAGGCUAUUUUUCGAGAACGACGAACACGCGAACGCAAAGCUAUGCACCGUACAAGCGCUGGCUCUGCUGUCGGUGCGUGAGGCGGGUUGUGGCCGCGAGAGCAAGGGCUGGGUCUACAGUGGGAUGAGCUUUCGGAUGGCCUUCGAUUUGGGCCUCAACUUUGACUCGACCAGCCUCGGGGCGCGGGAUCUGGGCGAAGAAGAAGUGGAUGCACGCCGGAUAACAUUCUGGGGUUGCUUUCUGUUCGAUAAGUGCUGGUCUAAUUACCUCGGUCGCCAGCCUCAGUUGGCGGGAUCUAGCAUUAGCGUCCCGAAAGUGGAUAUAUUGCCUAACGAGGAAGCUGAAUUAUGGUCCCCAUACAUGGAUACGGGAAUAGGUCGUGAGCACACUCAACCGUCGCGGAUCCGAGCCGUUGCCUCUCAGAUCUUCCGGCUGUGCGAGAUCAAUGGCGACCUGCUUGUGUUCUUCUACGACCCGACUCCGAAGGAGAAACCCACCACUAAGCAGGCAGAACUCAAGAAACUCAGCGAUCUGCAUACAAGGCUUGAAGCCUGGAAGAAGGAUCUACCAAAGGAACUCAGACCACAAGAGGGCCAGCUUCCUCAGGCACUUCUAAUGCAUAUGUUCUACCAGCUCCUUCUCAUACACCUUUAUCGACCUUUCCUCAAAUACUCCAAAGUCAAUUCUCCGCUUCCCCAACAUGUGUCUCCCCGGAAAUUGUGCACACAGGCUGCUUCUGCAAUCUCAAAGUUGCUGAGGAUGUACAAACGGACCUACGGGUUUAAGCAAAUAUGCAACAUUGCAGUCUACAUUGCCCAUACCGCGUUGACUGUACAUCUUCUCAAUCUUCCUGAGAAGAAUGCUCAGCGAGACGUCAUUCAUGGCCUGCGGCAUCUCGAAGAGAUGGGUGAGAGUUGGCUCUGCGCACGGCGCACCCUUAGGAUUCUAGAGAUUUCUGCCAACAAGUGGCAUGUCGAACUGCCGGCAGAGGCUACAGCCACUUUCGAACAAACACAUGCCAAAUGGGGAUCCUGGGGCUCAUGGGAUCAAGCGAUAUCUCCUCCGCCUUCCGAGGAGUCACCGCCAGCUCCAACCAUGCAUUAUCCGGUUGCAGAUCCAAGCAGUGCUCUUUAUCCACAGGCUGGGAGACCGAUGGGUUCACAUGAGCAUGGCGGUCCUGUGAUGCAGUCGCCACCCACUUCGGUGGGGUCCAUGGGAUUUUCACACACAACGGGACCUCCAAUACCACCUUCUGUGUCGGCUGUGCGUGCAGCGCAGCGGUCAUUGAACGUCCAGCUUGCGCAGGGCGCUACCCGGCUUCCUGAGCCUACGUAUCUCCGGCCCGUAACCAACGCCUAUAAUCAGUUCCAGCCCGUUCCGGUGGCCCAGCAGGAGGUCUGGUAUGCUCCGGACGAAGAACAGAUCCGCGCAUUCACCACUGGGCAGAACAUUCCUGCAACCACGACAUCGUCUCCUGUAACACCCUUUGAUGGGCCGGAAAAUCUAGUAGAAGAGAGCCAAGACUGGUGGUCUCGUGAAUCGAGCGCCAUGACCUUUGGAAUGGACCAUUGGGUGCCAGGAUGGAACCCUGGUAUGACUGGGAGAGAACCCGAUAUGCGGUUCGGAAACCAUUACGCCAACGUUGGGCAGACAUCGGGAGCCGAGAAUAACUCUCGACCAACCCCAACGAUGAGGUUUGCGGUUGGAGCCCCUCCAGGGAGUGCUAAUCCAGAGCAGCAUCCAGGAAUGUCUGGCUACAGUGGCGUGUGA